UGUAACCGCACGUGCCAAAAUGUCAUAACACAAAUUAACAACAAUGUCGCUCGUGGAUAAAUUAAACUAUUACAGCACACGAAAGUCGUUUAAAUAUGGAAUACCCUUCCUCAUCAUGAUGGUAGCUGGCUCCUUCGGACUGCAGCAGUUCUCAAACCUCAGGUAUCAGUACGCCAAGAAGCAGCCGGUAACGCCGGAGGAGAUGAAAAAGUACGGCGUAAACAUGAAGAACCGCAAGGAUGUGACGUUGGAGUCGGAGUACGACAAAGUCAAGUCCGUGGACAUAGACAACUGGGAGAACAAACGCGGUCCACGUCCCUGGGAGGAGCAGGAGAGCCAGCCCUCGACAGCAAAGCACUAGACUUAAUGUUUUUAAAACAAUUAACUGCUGAAUACAGACUGUUUGUUGUACAUAGCCAUAAAUAAAUCAACAUUGUUAAUAUCUAGUAAGACAA